AUGGGCAACGGAGUCUCAAACAGAAAUAAGGACGUUCAAGUCGGUAAGGCAAGUGAAUUUUAUUGGGCAUGUCGCAAUGGUGAUUAUCAAAGAGUGAAACAUUUGAUUGCAAAUUUAAAUUACGAACAAUGGAGUCAAAUUGAACCGAAUGGAAGUACAGCACUGCACGCUGCUACUCACAAUGGUCAUCGCGAAAUUGUCAAAUUACUUCUCGAACACGGUUGUUCUCGUACAACUUUGAAUCGAUAUGGCCAUACUGCUUAUGAUGAAGCUAAAACGGAACAAAUGCGUGCUAUUUUCCAUCGACCUACGUCUCAGCGAUUUGUUGACGCAGAACCUACUCAGUCAUUCGGAUUGUUAUCCAAAACAGAUGACGACGUGCCGGAUGAUUGGGUCAAAGGUUAUGCGAGCAGGAGUGGUGCACGUGAAGCGAAUUUAAUGCAUGCAAUAGCACAAGCUCCAUUAUUAAUGAGAAAAGUACUACGAACUCGAUUAGAAGAAGAGUGUAAAGAAGAACUGGAGAGUUUUCUCGAGAAAACAGUAGGAACACGCCAUCCUGCCCGUGCUGGUGUGAUCAAACAUUUCAACAUAUAUAAGCAGCAAAAAUCAGUAGAGUCCUUAUUUACAUUAUACACCAUGGAAACACCAUUCUAUGGAGCAUUGCAGAAUGAUUGUGAAGCGUUUACUGCUUUGCUUUAUAUGCAUUUGUCAGCUUUAAAAGAGCGUGCUUACCAAGGCAUUGCUUAUCGGGGUGCUCAAAUGACACGGGAUGAUAUUCGAGCAUACCAGUGGACACUUGCACAACGUGGACGCGUGCUCGAAACGCGUACUAUUCAAUCAAUGUCGAAAAGUAAGGACAUAGCACUGGGUUUUGCAAGGAACACGCGGAAAUCAAAGCCAUUUUCAGUUUUACUAAUAUACGAUUUUCCUGAAGUUUGCCGAACAGCGAUUGAUCUAGCCAAGAUAUCUGAAUUUCAAGACGAAAAAGAAGUCACUCUGCUACCGUUCACUUUAUUCAGAGUCUCGAACAUAACAGUCGAUACAAAUGACGACGUACCUUAUCGAAUCACAUUACAAAACAUUCCAGUAGAGAAAAAGUCCGUUGUAGGAGCUCUGUUGGGUAUGAGUUGA